GUCACGAUGGAGGAUUCUCAAGCUGAGAAAAGGAGGCUAUCAUUUAAAGACGCUUUGUUAAAUAAAUACAGCGAAGACCAAAGUGAUGAAGAGUUAUGCUUUAUACACAUAACCGGCUCUCCAAAACAAAAGGGUGAGUUUGUUGGACACUAAAAAUUUAAUUUUAAAAGUGUUCGGAAAGAUUUCCAUCUGACCCCAUACGAUUAUAAAACAAGUCGGCUACCAUGAGGAGUUUCCAAAGCUGACGUAUCGAGCGCUAGCUCUUCGUCAGAGCGAAUUGGGUUUAGCGAAGGGGUAACGUUCGAACUUUAGUAAUUCUUAACGGUGUUCAUUUACAUUAUCAACUCGGUUGAUAAAACCAAGUUUUCUUGUAUUACCCCUUCUGAUGCAGUACCACAGUUUCUUUAGAAACUUAUCCCCUCUAUUCUAAAACAAAGCCGUCAUAUGGUAAUUCAUUGUUUUUCCAUUGUCGUCUUUUCUCCAAUACUGAAUGCAUAAUGAAAGGAAUUCGUCUUGUGCGAACUCUUUCCAGAUAUUCAUUCAGAUUUUAAACUUGGCCAUAUUUACAUCGAUGUUCUAGAACUUUAUGUCGAUUGUUCCAUCCAAAGAAAUACAUAAAACAGUGGAUGAUUAGGGUCACUUUAUUUCAUUUACCUGGAAAAUGCUACCAGUUGUGCCACUUACUAGCCAUAUUUGCAUUUAUAAUUCAACGAUCGGUAGUCAGCGGAUCGUCUGUUUCGUUAUCACAAGAAAGUUAUGCCAUAAUAGGAACAAUUUUCUACUAAAUCUAGAGUGUCCUUUGCUUCAGAGACUAAAAUUUGAUUUGCUUAUUUCUCAUGUGAUUAGCUUAUGACAAAUCUCCAUAUUUUUUUUGAAUCAAAUAAUUAUUUUAUGUUGUUAUACACUUUGGCAACAUGAAACACCAAGAAUAAGUUUACCUUUUUUUUUUUCAAUUGUUUUUCUUUUCCUUUGUGUAGUAUUUGUGUUUGAUUGGUUGUUGUUGAUGUUGUGGCUUUUUUUUUCAUUUACAUGGUCCUUAAUUCAAUAUGAACCUGUUUCAGGUGGCACCAUAAAAGCAGUCACCCUGUCUUAAGCAGUCCCAAAUUUCUUUACCCUUAGUUACUGUAAUUUUCACCAUUUUAAGCGAUCACCUCUGUUAGGUUGAUUGUGGUCAUCCUUUAUUGAGUCCUAGUGGCCUUUUUGUAUUGAUUUCCAUCAGUAAUGAACGGUCACUUAAAGCAGGACUACUCAAAACUAAGAGUGAUCUUUCAAGGAAAAUGCAAUCCAUAUUUAUCUCCUAAAAUCAAUGUAAGCAGUAUUUCUGAGUGAGUUUUUGUACAUUUUAUGGUCAAUUAUAGCAUAAAAUGGCCUUUUUAUCCUAUUUCUCUUGUAACCUGUUCUGUGGAACCUGCACAAAGCAGUCAACCUGUAUUAAAUGGUCAUCCCCCAUUCCCUGUGGGUGACCACUCAAUACAGGUUCCACUGUAUUUUUAGUAUGCUGCCAGUCUGAGUGUCUUUUUAGUGAUAAUUAAAUAGUUGUCUGUCUUACUGAAUUUAUCAAGAGUUCCUAAUUCUAACUUGUAAUUUUCAGCCUCUUUUGGCCAGUCAGAACACUUUCACAAGAGAAUCAUAACUCUUGAUGACUGUGGUAUCAACUGUGCUGGUCCAGUUGGAGAGAUUGCAUCCAUGUGUCCAAAUGUAGAAGAACUUGAUCUGGCCAAGAAUGACCUUUCUGACUUUCAUGAGGUGAGAUACAUGUAAAUGCAUUCUGUUUGUUUCAAGUAAUAAUCACAUUUCUUUUAUAGAUAUCAGUGAAAUAGUAGACUUUCUUUUGUUUCAAAAGCAAGAUAUCCUCCCCACAUGCAGUGAAGAUACCCUAUGUGUUAUCAUAGUAGCUGUUUCUACUUUUACUGUAGGGUCUUUUUAUAUUUACUGAAAUUAUUAAGGCUGAAUUUAACUUUUUCCCCAUCCAGGGGAAAUAGCAUUGCUCUUGUUUAGUUUUUAAAGCAGAAACCCAAACAAACCCUCACAGUAAUGGAGCACUAGCUUCUCAUGCAUAAAUUACUAUUGUUAUAAUUAAUAUUGUUUUUCUUUAAUGUGUUAGGUUUUUCAAAUAAUCCGUCAGCUCCAGAAACUUGAGUUUCUAAACCUGAGUGAAAACUUCUUGCCACAUAAGAUUGCAGAUUUUACUCCAUUACUAGGAGAACAUCCAAAGGAGUCACUUCCUUCAGUAAAAAAAUUGAUCCUAAACAACACUGCUGUGCCACUGGAAACAGUGAACUCUUUGCUGAACUGUCUCAGUGGGUAGGUUUUGCUUCAAAUAGACUGCUGUGCAAAAGGUCAUAAAGUACAACAAACAAACCAACAAACAUGCAAAAAUGACAGAGAAAAGCAAUAGUAAAAAGGAAAACAAGGCAGACUACAUUGUAAUGCCUCCAUGUUGCUAGUGUUAUUUUUUGUUGCUCUGCUUGUUGUGCAGUGGGUUUAUUUCUGAACAACCACAAGUUAAAAUGCAUGGACCAGCACAUGUAGCUUUACUCAACUGGAAACCCAACUCUUUCCUUGCCCCAAUCUUGCAUCAGUCUAGCUUACUGCACCUAUUAUCCACUAACAUUUUUACACUGAAACUAACAUUCUUGUGCAGAAAACCUUUUUUUUUUUUUUUUAAUUACUUGAAAGAACAGUUGAUAAUAACCACUCCAUUGGCCUAGACCAUAGGAAGAGUUGAUAGGAAAGGGUUGGGUAGAUAUGCAGGUACCAAAAGGUGUGUACUAGGGUAUAUUGCAUAAAAAAAAUUAAAAGAAAAUUGUAAAACAAUCUUUGGAGCUAUUGCUAAAGAAUAGAAAACAAGUGUGCAAUACAUUUCAUUCAUGAAAAAAUUGGAUGAAAAUAUCUCAUGCAGAUUAAGAAUUUAUAACCCUUCUCUAUAACUCUUCACGAAAGUCUGACCCUGGUAGCCUUCAGAGCUUACAGUAAUUCUAACUGUCAUUCAUUGACAUGAGAUACAUUUACAUCCGUUGUUCCUUACCUCAUUUCCAUGUUAAUGUUAGGGUGCAGGACCUAUACCUCAGCCUGAAUGGCUACGAGUGUAUUCCAGAUUGCCCAGAACAAUAUCCAAACAUCAAGAGCUUGUCAAUCAACAAACAUGCCAUCACACAAUGGGAAGAGAUUGGAAAAAUUGGAUUCGUUUUCCCAGGACUUGUGGAAUUACGAAUGUCUGAGUGCCCUCUGGAAAACAUUUCUCCAAAAGAGGUUCCUCAACAGUUUCCAAACCUGAAGGCGUUGAACCUAAACAACACUCUGCUAGAUACGUGGGAAGCCAUUGAUGCGCUUAAAUCCUUCCCCAUAUUAACAGAUGUCAGUGUGAUGGGAAUUCCAUUGCUGUAUCAGUACACUGACCAACACAAACGACAGCUUCUUAUUGCAAGGCUCCCCAACAUACAGAAACUAAACAAAACCAAGAUAUCUGCAGAGGAAAGAGAAGAUGCUGAAAGAUUUUUCAUUCGACAUCACAUGGAUGACGAAAGUCCUCCUUUAAGGUAUCUUGAAUUGGUUGGAACUCAUGGAAUGUUGGACCGACUGGCAGAGGUCAACUUGAAAGCCAAAAAAACUGCUACAAUAUCUCUGAUAUUUGACGAUCAACCUGUCUGCAAGCAGGAAAUUAACCUUAUGCAGAGCACAACGAGCCUGAAAAAGUAUGUCAGUGAGAUCAUCGGAAUACCUCCUCCAGGCUUUAAGAUAUUUUACAAAGACGUGGGGUUGUGUUUUGGUCUCGAAGAAAUGAAAUAUGGACCCAAAAAGCUCUACAGGUACAAGAUUAAAGACGGAGAUGAGAUCCAUGUGUGGAGCCGUUGACACGCAAAGAUAGAUUCCAAAGAGACUGUAUUUACGUC